AUGUACUAUGAAAAGAGAAAUGACACGAUAGACACAGCCCAGGUGGACCAUAGAGUAAGACACCGCGAGGAGGAUCUAUGCCGAUCUGUUGGUACAGCUCAUGAUGAGUUAAGGGCAACUCCACAGCUUCUCGUAUUUCUUGCUUUUGAAUGUCACAUCCUCCAAUAUCCUGAUAGAAGCACAAAGAGAGAACAAAAACUAGUUAACAUCGGGCUUCUCCGACUGGCUGAGGAGCGAGAUGCUGGAGUCGGCCUCAGGCGGGAGAACAUCAACAAGGGCGUUCGAGUGACGGUGAAGCGCAACGGAGGCGGAGGGCUUGAGGAGCUCGCGGUUGAUUGUGCUCAGGAUCCGAACAUAAAGCUCGCGCCGGAGGUUCUUCAGCUCGUCCUUAACGUACUCCUCCUGUAUCUCGAUGAACUCGAGCUGGCGCUGCAGCGAUUUGAGGCGGGAGUAGAGAUCGUCUUCGGCGUCCGCGGCGGCUGCGGACGGGUCGAUUUCAAGCUUUUGGCGCGUCGGUGGUGGUUCGGAUGGGAGGGGCUUCGGAUCGAGAGCCAUGGCUGUGGCGGCUGCCAUUGCCGGUGA